GAGGACUCCGGGCUGGCUUGCUUGCUGGGCGCGGGGCGGGGGUCGUGCUGGGUGCCCGCCGGCCGCCGGCCUCCUCCGGGGUCCCUCCCUGGCGCGCCGGCGGCGGUGAGGAGGAGGAGGAGCGCCCCGCCCUCCUCCGGGGCCCGCCUCCCAGCCGGUCUCGGGGGGGCGGAGAGCCGCGCCUGCUGCCGGUCCGCCCCCGCCGGUCCCUCCCCCAUAAAGGGCGGCCGGCCCGGCGCGGAGCUGCGCUUGGCUUCCCUUCACUUCCUGCGCCGGUGGCCGCGGCAGCUGCCCAGCCGGGACUGGCCGCUCAACACUCCGCGAGCAGCAGCAGAAGCCGCCGCCGCCCGCCCCGCCGUCUGCCAGAGCUCUUGGUCUCCCCGACUGCAAUUAACGAACUCCUUGUGGAUCAGGCUGACCAGGCGGCCUCGGCCCAACGCCCACGCGAUGCCAGACCCCUCCGAGAGCUCCUCCGCCUGGGUGGGCGGCCCAGUGACCCUGAAUGUGGGCGGCAAGUUCUACAGCACCACCCGGGAGACGCUCACCCGCUUCCCGGACUCCAUGCUGGGUGCCAUGUUCCGGGGCCCACGGCCGGCCCUCACCGACAGCUGCGGGAACUACUUCAUCGACCGGGACGGCAAAGCCUUCCGCCACAUCCUCAACUUCCUCCGGUUUGGCCGGCUGGACCUGCCGGAGGGCUACGCUGAGCUCUCUCUCCUGCGCACCGAGGCGGACUUCUACCAGAUCCGCCCGCUGCUGGAGGAGUUGCGGCGGGUGGAGGCCGAGCGCUGGCGCCUGAGGGCCAACGCGGUGCUGCAUGCCGACGUGGAUGUGCGGGAGCGCCUCCUGCACUUCAACGUGCGCCGUGGGCCACAGAACUACGAACUGGCCACCUGCUCGCUCCAGACCUUCACGGCCAAUGUCUUCUGCACUGACCGCUUCUUCCUCGGCGUCUUGCGGAGGCGCUGGGGCCAAUGGGACUGCACCGACCGUGGCUUGGAAGAGGGGCAUUCUGGGAGGAGGGCGAGCCAGCCCCUCGGCGAAACCGGAUCUCAAAGCCGCCUCGGCCGCUUGGGCGAUUCGGAGAGUGUGACGGGAGCGUCCAGGAAUGGCUCGAGCUGGGUCACUUCUGGCGGAGAACCCAGAGACUGGAAGAGGCGACAGGACGAGCUGCCGAUUUGCCCGGGCACUUCCACCGAUGAAGACGAGGAGACGGACGAAGAGAUGUUGGACGACUCUUCCGACUCAUGCCCAGUGGGCGCCCAGAUCUGCCACCAUCUCCGCCUGGAGUGGGCCCCGUGCCCGCCACAGCUUCCGGUGGCAGAGUAUGCCAAGCAGAAGCUCUGUCCUCUGCGAGUGGCUGGCAGAGAGGUCCGGAGUGCCCACGGAUUUCUGCAAGAGGUGCUGAAGGCUGCGCUGGCACAGGGCUUCCGUGUCGAUUCGGUCUUCCCAGACCCGGCAGAUAUUCUGAGCGCCCGCUCGCUGCGGUUCGUCCGGCAUUGAACGUUCCAGCCAAAUACGGGGGUGGUGGUGGUGGUGGUGGUUCCAGCUGUGUUGUGCUCAACACAGGCGGCUUGAAAGAAGACAGGUUUUGCAGUGCGGCUGUUCCUUCCGCUUCUCCGAAAUGCAGCAGCCAGGAAGAAUGGUGAUGCCCCCCCCCGCCCCGUCCGCCUCCUUGUGCGGAGCCCUCCCCGGCACUGCCGCAUCCGAGCUGGGGUUGGGACUGGACUCCAGAAGGAGGAGGGCCGUGUGGCUGCCGGAGGGGAGAUGGCUGGAGGCCCCUCAGAGGCCCACAGAGGGGUGGAGGCGCUUGCUUGGCUCGCUGUGGGUCCGGCCAUACGAGCAUAAAGGGCCGCAGGGCAGCAGCUCCCUUGACCUCUCUUCUCCAGGGUGACUGGCUUGCAGGCCUCCUCAGUGGAGCUGGCUGACUCACCCGGUGGCCUCUGGAAUGGCGAGGGAGGGCUGAGCCGCGGAGGUUUCCAGGGCGCUCGACAGUUAAACCGGUUUCACGCUGGCUCGUUCCUGCCGUGAGCGGCUUCCCUUUCGAAGGCGCCUUUCUGGACCUGCUGAGCUUUCUCUCCCCCCCAGUUUUCUGUGGCGGUUUCAGCACUGCAGAGGCAGUUCCUUUCCUGCAAUUAGCUGCCAGUGGGGUUGCAGUGGAAGCGUCAGGCGGCAUUUCAGGCAGUGCUGCUUGAAUGGUGGCCCUUCCUCUGCUCACAAGAGGCUAGUUGGUCCUGGCUGGGGGCGGAUGUCUGGGCCAUUGCCCCUUGAAGAGUCUGCUGGCGGCGGCUUCCUCCGUAUUGAUUUCCACUCCUUAAAUGGCGGGGGGGGGGGAGUUAAGGAUUCUCCCACACACACACACAUUUCCCCCCCCCUUUUUUUCUUUUUGUAAUAGUGCAAUCAGUUAAAGAUUCCUCCGUCCCUGGCAGGAACAGACAUUGACAUGGGGCAAUUCACAGGUGAUUGAAGGGGCAAUUCAUCACAAAUCUCUCAGCCAGGAUCAAUAGGCAAUAAAACAGGCUAAACUUGCGAAGAAGAAGUGUUUAAUUUUGAAGUGCCAAAAGCCUUAAAACCCUUUUAAUAGUGCUUUGUCUGUGCUGCUGGGUUGGAAAACGUCAUUGCAUCUUAUUACCCACAAAAUGCCAUAAAGCAGGGGGGGAAUGCAGAAACCCCUAGAAGCUAGGGCCCUAGGAAGCUGCCUUCUACUGAGUCAAACCCUUGGUCCAUCUAGCUCAGUAUUGUCCGCACUGACUGGCAGCAGCUUCUCCAAGGUGGCAGGCAGCAGUCUUACCCAGCUCUACUUGGAGAGGCUGCCAGGGACUGAACCGGGGCCCUUCUGCCUGCAAGCAGAUGCUCGACCACUGAGUUACGGCCCCAUCCCAUAAAGAUGAUCUAUUGCAAUAGAAGGGGCUCAUGUGUAUCCACCCAUCUGAAUGCAAACCAGGGUGAACCCUGCUUAGCAAAGGGGACACUUCAUGCUUGCUACGGCAAGACCAGCUCCCUCUUUUAAAAUUGUCAGUUAAUAAUGGGGGGGGGGGAAGCACCAUGUCAGUGCUCGGUAAAAACUGUGGACAGUAAUACCGGAGAAAGGGCCUGGUGGCGGCAAGCUGUCGGCCUCGCUCCGCCCUCCGCUGCAGGGACUCUCCCUUGGCGUCUGGGCUGCUCCACAUGUUGGAUUUCACAUGUUAAAGGCCCCUGAAGGGCUCUGGGGCAGGAUUUCCUAGAGGCCCGGCUGAUUUUGGUGGCAGCUUUGCCGUUUUGCUCUUCGAUUCUUGCCUUGACACAACUGGGACAAGUGAAUGGAUGAUGCUUGCAGCUGAAUGUUGGUGGUGGUGCUUCUUGUGGGGGGGGGCACCCUACUAAGUGAGAGCAUCACUACAAGAAGAGCCCUGCGGGAUCAGGCCCAAGGAAGCCCCUCCAGUCCAGCCUCCGGUUCCACACAGUGGCCCACCGGCUGCCCCUGAGAAGCCCCCAGGCAGGGGGUGAGGGCGAGCCCCCUCUCCCACUGUAGCUGCCCUGCCACUGGGAUUCGGAGGAGGCAGCCUGCCUCGAAGAAGGAGACUCUGAGGGCUGCCUCCCUCUUUCCACCCGCCUGUAGAGGGCCGGGCUAGAGCAACCGCCUCCUCGCUGCCCUUGAGGUGUGUGUUUGUUCCCCCGGUUAAAGUGCAGGGCCAAAGGUGUGUUUGGGGAGGGGAAUCUGCACCCACCCCCCUUACCCCCACCCUCAGCGGACCACUGUGCUGGAAGGAGAGGCGAGCUGGCUCGAUGGUGAUGUUGUAAUAAAGACUACGUCUUCUGCA